GCAAACAAGGAAGUGAUGUUUGCUCGUAUUUCCUCCCUUGUGGAGGAGAUCGUUGUAGAUUGUGCAGUUCUUCCGUGUAUAUCUACACAUACAGCUUAUCAAAAUCAAUUAUUGUUGUCCUAGGGGCUGUUUCCUGAAUCACUGCACUUAUGAUUUUAGGCACAAUAUUGACCCGGCAACCAGUGACUGUUCAGCUUAAGCAUCGUAAAAAUGAAAAAUAGGCCAUGUAUACAAUAUCGCAGGUCAAUAUUACAUGCUGCCGUGAGAUGAACGCGAUGGACGAAUCGACGAACUCCAGCCUGAACGACACAGACUGCUACCCACAGGCCCACCCUGAAAAGAUGGCCUUCGUGGGCCUGCAGCUGGCCGUGAUCCUGCUCGGCGUCCCGUCCAAUGCCUUCUCCCUGUUUGUGUCGUAUCGGCUCAUCCAUCAGAAGAACGAGCUGGGCGUCUAUCUGUUCAACCUGGCGCUCUCGGAUUUCUUGUUUAUCGUGUUCUCACCGGUGUGGGUUCAAUUCGCCAUUCGCGACAUGUGGCUUCACGGCGAGGCGAUGUGCGUCGUUUGCGUUUUCCUGCUCUUCACGAACUUCUACACCAGCGCUGUGCUUCUGAGCUGCAUCGCUGUGGACCGCUACUUAGCCAUCGUUCACCCGCUGCAAUUCUGCACUUUUAGAAAGCGCAAGACCGCAGCCAGAGUGAGCGUUGCCGCUUGGAUUUUUACCGUCGCGUUCAAUGCAAUGACCGUGCAUCCAGACAGUGUCUACGAUAUGGAAAACUCAAUCUGCUUGGAUUUAUUUCCUUUGUCCAACAGGCAAAAAAUAGUCAACGUUGCUCGUUUUGCUGUAGGCUUCCUCGCUCCUGCAUUAGUUGUGGGUUUCUGUUAUUGGCGAAUAUAUUCGGAUGUGAAGAGAAACCAAACGCUUGGAUCGGUAGAGCGCCGCCACGUCUGCAGGCUACUUGGAUGCAUUUCGUUGACCCUUUAUUUGUGUUUCGGACCUUUGCACAUCAUGAUGGUUUUGAGGGUUGUGCUGGAGGAUUGUCCAUACCUAACUGGCUCUUCAUUGGAUAUAAGGUCUGCGCUUUACUCGCGAUGCUCAACUGCCUGGCUGAUCCGCUCCUGUACUGCUUCAUGAGCAGAACAGGGCAAGCCAGCGCUUCAAACGUGUUACUCAACCUCAAGAGAACGUGGAAGAAAGAGUGUCAAAAAGAGAUGGAACAACAAAACAAGCAAAUCCUCGGAACCGGCAUCGUUCCAAUCACACAUGCACCCAUUAUGACCGAAUUCAGGGCUUGACGGCUUCUGAUGGGAUCGUGCCGAUGUUUAUAUAUUCUAUACUGUUUUGAAAGAGACUGGAUUAAACAGGAAUAAAAUGAAACUUUAUAAGCUUAAGAAAGGAAAGGUUGACAUUUAAACGGAAUGGGCCAUGUCCAAUUACGAAAAGCCUUGGAUUAUGAGAAAUGAGCGUUUCAUUUCGGUUUCACUUUCACACCGUCUACUUCCCUAAUAUUUCGCUCAUAUCUGAAGUGUAACAAUAAAUAUAUAUUUGAUAUACUAUACAAGGCUUUGUCCAACAUUGCAAGUUUUUGUUUUAAUUUGGUUUAUUAUUUACACCCACUUUCAAGAGAUCGGUUUAAACAGACAGACUGUGAAUGAAAACUGCUAUGAUUACUCAUUUUAUUUUAACAAUAUAGAUACAUGAUAUUCACAUACACAGUUCAGGGGACAACACAGCACAACACAAACAGCUACUCGAAUAAUGUUCUGCCACCAAAUAGGCCCCGCCCACAAAAUAAUGUCUGCCUUCAAAUGAGCUUGAUUGACAGGCGAUCUGACCAAUCAGAAUGUGUAUAUUGUGCUGCUAUCCGCCAUUUUGCCCAGCUUUUCUCCAUAGACAGAAGAGUAGAAUCACUUCUGUGGACUUAAACUUAAAAAGCUGUGUGCCACAAUAGACAUAAAACACUUUCUGAUGUUCGUUUUUUUUCAUUUUGUGUUUUGUGUAAAUAUGGAAAGACGAUCGGUUCAUGUGUUGACACUAAAUGGAAAAAUUUUCGAUAUACUGAUUCAUUCAAUAACACACGUUUCAUUUUUUAAACAUCUUAAGCUCUAAAAUAAAGUGUUAGGCUUAACAGAAUCUUUCUGGGGAGGAAACGCAGCGAUUGAUGUCGUUUAUUUACAAAGACAAAAAUUAAACUACUGUUUAUUUCAACAAAUUGUUGAAGACUAACCAAAAUUAAAAAAUAUUUAGCUUGUAAUUUCUGCACAGACAAUAUAUUAUUAAUAUAUUAGCAUUGCUAUCCGCCCCAAAAUCAGCAGCGAAAAUCCAAUAUCGUGCAUCCCUACGAUUGCAUACAUCUCUAUAAACCAAAAACAAAGAAAGCGCUAGUUUAACAAACAAAAGUUACUAAAAUGUUAACUAG